AUGCUCAAGUUUAGUCACUGUGUGCUAGUCACACGCGUAGGCGGCUUUUACGAGCUAUACUUUGAGCAUGCAGACGAAUUUGCGCCGUUGUUGAACAUCAAAAAGUCCAAGCGAAGAGUUUCCAAGGGAAGCAAGAAGCCUGCAAUCUCCAUGGCUGGUUUCCCUGCCUAUCAACUAGACAGAUAUCUGAAGAUACUGGUUCAGGAUCUCAACAAGCAUGUCGCUAUCAGUGACGAAUUCCUCAACGAUGCACCAACAAAAGCAAAAGGCGAAUCGCAGUACACACGUAGAGUGUCGCGCAUCGUAACACCAGGCACUCUUAUCGACGAGCAUUUUAUGGAUCCAUGGGAGAACAACUAUCUUCUUAGCAUCCAUGUCAGCCCCGAAGUGAUCACACAAGAGGAGGUCGUGAACCAGAGUACUGGCAGCUCCAGCGUACCAUCUGUUCUCAACCUUCCGCGCACGGAGGUCGGCCUGGCCUGGAUCGAUCUUUCAAGCGGUGACUUCCUCACGCAAAGCACGGACAUUGCGUCGUUGCCGUCAGCAGUAGCCCGUAUCAAGCCUCGAGAGAUUGUGCUAGACAGUGUCUUCCAAGAGCAGAAACAUUCGCGAAUCGUUUCUAUUUUGCAAGAAGACGGGCAUAUCAUCACGUUUCAAGACCCCCUAGAGAUGCCACUUAGCGUUAAGGAUUGGAGAUCUAUGUUGGAAGAUGUAGUGGACGACUAUGAAAUAGGCGACUUCACUCCGAGUGAAUUCGCUGCGGGAGGGUCGCUAUUGCAUUACGUUAAGCACCAGCUGCUCGGUUCGCGCAGUCGACUUCGUGCGCCAGUACGGCAUCAAGCCGAAGAGCAUAUGAGCAUCGACAAGAACAGUCUAAGGGCACUGGAGAUCCGAGCUACCAUUCGGGAAGGCACCUACGAAGGAAGCCUGCUGCAUGCGCUAAAGAAGACAGUCACAAAGAGUGGCACAAGACUGCUUACGCAGCGCCUGUCUGCACCAUCAAUGUCACUAUCAACCAUCAACGACAGACUAGAUCUCGUCGAAGAGAUGAUACAGUACCCGCAACUCCGCCAAGACAUCAGGUCGCUCUUAGAACAGACCUUUGACACUUUGCGCUUAGUGACGAAGUUCACUUACGGUCGUGGUGACGCUGACGAUCUGAUCGAGUUGUCAAAAACUAUCCUUACCACCGCCUACAUCGUGGACGUACUACACGAGCAUGUGAAAUCUAGGAUAUCCAUACCCGUCGAUCCCACAUCAGCGGCAUCAGAGUAUCGAAGAAGGGAGUGCAUAUCCAUGCUUGAGCGUCGAUUUGAUCUAGUACAACCACUCGAGCUCGCGAACCGCAUACAGGAUGCCAUCGAUGAAGAAGGUCUGUCUGAGUAUCACCGCAUGGAAAGUGAAGAAGCCGAGGAGAUGUCAAAUCUGGCUCAGGAUGUGGUUGGCCGAGAAGCCGGAGAGGAAGAUCUGAAGGAGUUGCCACAGCGCAUUCAGCCAAAGCUCAAGAUGAUCACUGGGAGCUUCAAGCCCGCAACAGACGGCAGAGAAGACGUCCACAUGAUGAAACGUAACGCCAGCCCAACACUCGAGCGUCUCCACAAGAGCUUGGAUAAAAUGGCAAAGGAAAAGAGCAAACUAGAACAAGAAAUGCGCCAGAGGAUGGCAACAGACAGCCUCGUACUAAAAUGGACACCGAACCUCGCGCACAUCGCUCACGUUAAAGGCAAAGACACUGCCCGCACCACCGCUUUCUAUCCCCGCAGUUUAUCAUCCAGUAAAUCCACACGCUCGUUCCAAAUCCCGGAAUGGACAAAUCUAGGCGCGCAAAUGGAUGAAACACGUUUUCGCAUUCGAACAGAAGAACAACGCGUCCUGUCUUCCCUGCGCGAAGACGUCAUCAAAAACCUAGUCAAACUCCGACGCAAUGCCGCCAUCCUCGAUGACCUCGACGUAGCAUGCGCUUUUGCCAUACUCGCCGUGGAGAAGAACUUUGUCCGCCCAAUCCUCAGCGCAGAACCCGCACACAACAUCGUCGGUGGCCGCCACCCCGUCGUAGAAGCCAGCCUCUUAUCCCAGGGCCGCAAUUUCGCACCCAACGACUGCGUCCUCGGUCCCCGCUCACGUAUCCACCUCAUUACCGGACCCAACAUGGCUGGUAAAUCGACAUAUCUGCGUCAAAACGCCUUGAUAUCCAUCUUGGCGCAAACCGGCUCUUUUGUGCCAGCGACUUACGCGGAGAUCGGCCUUGUAGAUAAGAUCUUUUCCCGUGUGGGUUCGGCUGACAACCUCUAUCAAGACCAAUCGACAUUCAUGGUCGAGAUGUUAGAAACCGCUCAGAUACUGAAGGAAGCUACGCCUCGAUCUUUCGUCAUAAUGGAUGAAGUAGGUCGGGGUACUACACCGGAAGAUGGCGUCGCGGUCGGCUUUGCUUGUCUCCAUCAUCUAUAUAAUGUGAAUAGGAGUAGAGUGUUGUUUGCGACGCAUUUUCACGCACUGGCGGAUAUGACGGAGGGAAAAGGCUGGGAGGAUCUGAGUUGUUGGUGUAAUGAUGUUGUUGAGGAUGGGGAUGGCAGUGGAAGGUGGGCUUAUGUGCACAAACUCAGGAGGGGGGUUAACAGAGAGAGCCACGCGUUGAAGGUUGCCAGGGUCGCGGGGAUGCCAGAAGGAGCGAUUGAAGUAGCUAAGGAGGUUUUGGAGGGGCUGAAGGGUGGUAAGGCGAAGGUGCAUGGGCAAUGA